CUGCUCGCAGCUUUCAGUCAAUGUCUGCACACAGGCAGCUCAACAUGUCCGCCUGGGCCGUCUCCAAUACGAGCCUCAAUGACGCCACAACGAGCGCGACUGGCGCCACAGGAUCCAGGCACCGGCGGCUGAUACGUCUGGCCUGGCAGACGCUGGCUGCCAAAUGCCAGCAGCUCACUGAGUUCUUGAGACGGGAGACGAAUAAACCACUGCCGAAAGAAUUGCGUCGAUCGCUGCGUCUGAAUAAAUCGGCCAAGCGGAAAGGCUAUCAGCACUAUGAGACUGAAGCAGAUAAACAACGCAUCAAGGAUUAUUUAAAUCAGCCCAUUAAUCUGUCUGUUCGCUUGGGACCCGCCUACGACUAUAGACCUUCCAACUCCUAGCCAAAGCAGAAGCAUAGCUCUAAGAUGUAGAGAAAUUAGUUAAUACUAAUUAA